AUGAUUUUAAUUAAUUUACAAUUUUAUUUUGUUGGGUUGUUUAGCUUUAAUAGUUUAUUGUUGUUUUCUAAUUGUUAUCCAAUUACUCAUAAUUUUGAAAAAUAUCAAUUACUUUUUGUACAAACUAUUUGGAGACACGGCGAUCGUUCUCCUAUUUACAUUUACCCGAAUGAUCCCAACAAGGAGGAUGCUUGGCCUAAUGGAUUUGGUGAGCUUACAACGAGGGGAAUGGCCCAACACUUUAAUUUGGGCAAAUUCUUGGGAAAUCGUUACAUUGAUGAAUUUCAAUUCCUUUCUCCUCACUAUCGGAGUGAAGAAAUAUUUGUUAUUUCGACUGAUACUAACAGAACAAUUCAAAGUGCAACUGCAAAUAUGAUGGGGAUGUAUGGAGGGAGAGGGCGUUGCGGGAUUGAUUACCCAAAUUUGGUUGAAUGGCCUGCACCCUUCGUUCCCAUCCCUAUUCACAGUUUUGAGUUUAUGAAGGAUCCGAUGGGAUAUGCCCGACAUCACUGCAAGAGAACUCUUGAUUUGUUUGCUUUGCUAGAGCAAACACCUGAAUACAAACAGUUAAAUCGUUCUAGUGCUGCACUUUUAUCAAAAAUAAGUGAAUAUGCUGGCUCUCCCAUUACUCUUAAUAAUUUGUGGGGAUUUAUUGAAACGAGAACACACGGAUUGAGGUCCCCCGAUUGGGUACUUCAAAUAUUACCUAAAGCGUUGGAAGUAGAUAUGCGCCUCACAGAUUUACAAAUUGGAUUAAGUAUUUAA